AUGAAGGAUAGGCUUGUUGUGUCUUGGGCAGUUCGUUCUUUGCGAAUAACAUUGCUACUCCUUGGAGUUGAGGACGUAUCAGCUUCGACCGUAUUUGCGAGGAUUAACCGGGCCCUUGUGGUUGAUUUCAUAAUCAACCUCCGGUCGGACCCUCGCAUAAAAGGGCAUUUCAGUGGUCCAGCUUUAGUAGGGUUGGCCUCAUGGAAAUCUCAUAUUGUGUAUAGUGAUUAUAAGGCGCUGAACCCCUAG